UUCAAAUUUCUGUCAAUAACUAUAAGCUCGUAGUCCCGCCCUUCUUGGAUCGUCAUCACGUUUGUUUUCAUGCGUGACGUUCACGCAGGUCGUGGUGGUGGGGUGUUUGUGGGCGUGUCUCCGUAUCUGUAGAUGUUGAAGAAGUAGAUCUCGCUCUCUCUCUCUGUCCUCCACUCUCAGAUCCACAGAUGUUUCUUCCCACGCUCGUGGAGGAUAUGCAUCAUUUUAAACCCACUCGGGACAGACUCUACACCACCAGGUGUUGUGGAUGUUGUCACGUCCGGACCGGGACCAUCAUCCUCGGAACCUGGUACAUGGUGAGUCCGGGAUCAGGGAGCUAAUGUCGGCUAAUGCUGUCCGUCAUCUGGGCUUCAGCGGCGGGUUACAUAACCGGGGACAGCCUCCAUAUUCAGACAGAAACACACUGAUAAUGUUAGAGUUUACUCUCUCUAUUCUCUUUACUGUUUUUUAACUGAAAUCACACUGACCAUCAUCGCAGCUAGCAUUAGCAUUAGCGUUAGCAGUGAUUUCAGGCUCCAAGUGUCCGCUGAGGUGUUCUGCCGUAAAAUGCACCCCUGCAUCCCCUCCACUCCCGGGCUUCUUAAAGUGGAAGGAAAUGAUCUUAUAUUUAAAAAAAACACGAGUUUUAGAUCAUGACAACACGAUCAAAUGGAGCAGCAAACUUUCCCUCUGUUUUUAUGUGUCUGAAAAAUCCACACACACAUAUAUAUGUAAGCGUACUCUGGUAUAUAAACUGUACAGUUAGCUGUUAAGGUCGAGAACAUUAAAUAUUUUCCGGACAGUAAAUAUUCCGAUGUAGAGGACUAUCGUUUUCGGCUUAUCUAAAUAACCUGAAUUAAAUCAUCAAAGUUAAACGCUUUUGAAUCCAUCAUAAAGUAAGAAAAACUCUGAUUAUUUCUCCUUGUUAUGGACUUUUACCCGCGCUCCCGUCAGGAGGGCAUUCUACGGCAGGGGUGCAUUUUACGGCAUAACACCGGACCGAAAAAAUUGGUCUAACCUUGAAAAUUCAGACGGAAAACUCAUCAUGAAAGUCAGUAAAAGGAAAGUAAAACACUGAAUAGAGACUGUAAGGUCUGAAAUAAUCAACAUUUUGUCUGAACUUGUCGGAUAUUAGCAUAAGUUAGCCAAACAGAUGUCUCGGCUUCAUCGGUGACCCUGGUAACCGGCGACUUUGAGCUGAAUAAUGCGGCACCAGUGGUGGUGGUCAUAUAGUUCGUAGAGAAGCUGUUGUAAACAUCUAUUCAUGUCGUUUCUGUAUUUGAUUCAUAUGGAAAAUAUAGAACUAAAAUAACCUCGAGUAUUUGGCUCUCUGUGUGUUAUAUUCGCUGCUGUAACGCUGACAACCACUGACGCAUUUGACUCCUGGUCUCCGUUUGACAGGGUCGCUGUUUUCAUCGGAACACCUGCCGACAUUGCGUUGACGUGCUAAGGUAACGGUUGUCAAACCACAUCGAGCUGAGGCAAAAAGGAGCAAAUGUCAUAAUUAUGACCCCGUUUGUUUGAUAUUUGGUCUCAUUUGGAUUAUAACAGUCAAAGUUUAUGAUCUUUAUAAUCCUGGUUCUUCGUUAUAACUGAGGAUUUGUUGUUGAUUUCGGUUAUUAUCCGUCUAACUGUCCUCUGAUCCCUGCAGUUUAAGGAUUCAGAUCACAGAUACCUGAGAAAACUCAAACCUCUCCUUUCACCACAUCACACAACAGAUGAGUCUGGUUUUGGUUUUUGUGUUUCCUCUUAAAUCUUCUGUGAAAAAUUUGAUCCUCAGAUUUUCACAAAACGACCGUCCUCCAGAGAGAGACCCUAAAACCCCCAAAGAGAUCCCUGAAGGUCUGGAAGAAGAACAGCUGAAGCUAGGGCUGGGCGAUAAAACAAUGAUGAUAAUAUCAAAAAUUAAUAUCAAUAUCAAACACGAUCAAUAUGCUUUUCGAUAGUCGUCAUUCUGCCAUGUUUUGGUCGACUAUACAAACAGCCAAUGAAAAGGGGAGUUUCUGCGGGUCUGAACCAAUCAUGUUCUGAAUUAGAACCAAGUAUCAAACAGCUGUGUCGUAGCAGACAGCAGCUCCACCCAACCAUAGCACUUUAACAUCACAACGACAAAACGUCAAAGAGACACAAAGACCUCACAGAUGCAGGAGAUUAUUGUGUUGGAAAAGACAUGAGACCAAUAAACACUGUUAGAUUUUUAUAUCCUGAUAUUGAUCGAUAUCAGCUGAUAUGAUAAUAAUAUAUCCUGAUAAACGUUUCCAUAUCGCCCAGCCCUGAAGCCAAGAUCUGAUGGAGAUGAAAAGUUAAAGGUUUGUUUGUGCUCCACGUUAGUUCAAAGUUAAAGGCUCUAAAACAUCUGCCUCCUCCGUCAGUCGAGGAUCUUUUCUGUUUGUUAGAUAAUUGUGUCUUUUUGAGGUCCGAACACUCAGACAGUUUAACACCAGUUUACAAACCCUCUAAAAUCAACCUUUAAGAUCAGACACCUGCUGAAGUUCCAGCUGUGACCCUCAGGUUUGGACGGACCAGCUCAGGCGGUUCUGGAGUUGGAGAGUCAGAACUCUGAAUGAGGUUCUGUUUGGAGGUCUUGGUUCCGUCUUGGUUUGGUCUGCUCCACUUUUCAGAAUCUAGUUUCUUGUUUAAACCAAAGUCCUGGUGGUUUUAGGGUCACGGUCUUCAGGUUUUCAUUAAAAGUAUUAAAUAUGAAAGUGUGUGAGCUCUGUUUAAAAUGAAGCUCUCUCUCUCUCUCUCUCUCUCUCUCUCUCUCUCUCUUCUCACUCUCUCUCUCUCUCUCUCUCUGUCUCUCUCUCUCUCUCUCUCUCUCUCUCUCUGUCUCUCUGUCUCUCUCUCUCUCUCUCUCUCUCUCUCUCUCUCUCUCUCUCUCUCUCUCUCUCUCUCUCUCUCUCUCUCUCUCUCUCUCUCUCUCUCUCUCUCUCUCUCUCUCUCUCUCUCUCUCUCUCUCUCUCUCUCUCUCUCUCUCUCUCUCUCUCUCUCUCCCUCUCUCUCUCUCUGUCUCUCUGUCUCUCUCCCUCUCUCUCUCCCUCUCUCUCUCUCUCUCUCUCUCUCUCUCUCUCUCUCUCUCUCUCUCUCUCUGUCUCUCUCUCUCUCUCUCUCUCUCUCUCUCUCUCUCUCUCUCUCUCUCUCUCUCUCUCUCCCUCUCUCUCUCUCUCUGUCUCUCUCUCUCUCUCUCUCUCUCUCUCUCUCUCUCUCUCUCUCUCUCUCUCUCCCUCUCUCUCUCUCUCUCUCCCUCUCUCUCUCUCUCUCUCUCCCUCUCUCUCUCUCUCUCAGGUGGUUAACCUGUUGAUGGGAAUCCUGCUGACCGUCGCUGUGACCCACCCGGAGAACGUUCCCACCAUCGACCUGCAGUAUGAGGUCAUUGACCACUACUUUGCGUCUGACAGGAUGUCCGGUAAGAAGUGAGACGCGGCCUCAGCGCACAGACCGCCGUGUUUUAGUUUACUCCUGUUUUUACUCCUGCUGUUACUCCUGCUUUUUCUGAAACCAUGACUCAGCAGGAGAGGGAGGGAACCAGCUGGGGUGGGUUGACCUUCCCCCGGCGGGCCGACACCAGAACUCAGUGGAUCAGGAGUUUUUCACACCUGCAGAGACGACGUGAACAAAUGAGAUCUGCUCUCCUAACACACUCACAGAAACACUGAAUCAGACUUUAGUCACUGUUCUCCUUCAGGAGCGCCGGGGUUCAGGUCCACCUGCAUCUGUGACUCCUUCAACUAUCAGUCAGAGUUUUAAAAAAGUCUUUUAUUGGUCAAAAAAGGAAAGAAAACAGGCGGAUCCAGGUCCAAAACCUGCUGAGAUGAGGUUAAAACAGGACGAGUGAAAACGGUCAACAGAAGAUUCUCAGAGUUUACCAAAAACCGUCUGACCACACCGGUGAGGAUUAAAGAACCCACCAAACAUCCCAAAACCAUAUACAAUAUCUCGAUAUCUACAAUAUAUUUUGGCUUCUACACAGACAUAUAGAGUGAAAGUUAGCAGCAGAUUCAACAAAUGGUUUUUUUUGUAAAUACGGCGGUGAAGUUAGUUUCAGGUUGGAUAUAUUUUCCUGUAAAUACGGCGGUGAAGUUAGUUUCAGGUUGGAUAUAUUCUCCUGUAAAUACGGCGGUGAAGUUAGUUUUAGGUUGGAUAUAUUUUCCUGUAAAUACGGCGGUGAAGUUAGUUUCAGGUUGGAUAUUUUUUCCUGUAAAUACGGCGGUGAAGUUAGUUUUAGGUUGGAUAUAUUUUCCUGUAAAUACGGCGGUGAAGUUAGUUUCAGGUUGGAUAUUUUUUCCUGUAAAUACGGCGGUGAAGUUAGUUUCAGGUUGGAUAUAUUUUCCUGUAAAUACGGCGGUGAAGUUAGUUUUAGGUUGGAUAUAUUUUCCUGUAAAUACGGCGGUGAAGUUAGUUUCAGGUUGGAUAUAUUUUCCUGUAAAUACGGCGGUGAAGUUAGUUUUAGGUUGGAUAUAUUUUCCUGUAAAUACGGCGGUGAAGUUAGUUUCAGGUUGGAUAUAUUCUCCUGUAAAUACGGCGGUGAAGUUAGUUUUAGGUUGGAUAUUUUUUCCUGUAAAUACGGCGGUGAAGUUAGUUUCAGGUUGGAUAUAUUCUCCUGUAAAUACGGCGGUGAAGUUAGUUUCAGGUUGGAUAUUUUUUCCUGUAAAUACGGCGGUGAAGUUAGUUUCAGGUUGGAUAUAUUUUCCUGUAAAUACGGCGGUGAAGUUAGUUUCAGGUUGGAUAUAUUUUCCUGUAAAUACGGCGGUGAAGUUAGUUUCAGGUUGGAUAUAUUUCCCUGUAAAUACGGCGGUGAAGUUAGUUUCAGGUUGGAUAUAUUUUCCUGUAAAUACAGCGGUGAAGUUAGUUUCAGGUUGGAUAUAUAUUUUCCUGUAAAUACGGCGGUGAAGUUAGUUUUAGGUUGGAUAUAUUUUCCUGUAAAUACGGCGGUGAAGUUAGUUUCAGGUUGGAUAUAUAUUUUCCUUUAAAUACGGCGGUGAAGUUAGUUUCAGGUUGGAUAUAUAUUUUCCUGUAAAUACGGCGGUGAAGUUAGUUUCAGGUUGGAUAUAUAUUUUCCUGUAAAUACGGCGGUGAAGUUAGUUUCAGGUUGGAUAUAUUUUCCUGUAAAUACGGCGGUGAAGUUAGUUUCAGGUUGGAUAUAUUUUCCUGUAAAUACGGCGGUGAAGUUAGUUUCAGGUUGGAUAUAUUUUCCUGUAAAUAUGGCGGUGAAGUUAGUUUUAGGUUGGAUAUAUUUUCCUGUAAAUACGGCGGUGAAGUUAGUUUCAGGUUGGAUAUCUGACGGACAUUCUCUGAGGAUCUACCGGUGUCUUCUCUCUCUCCAUAACCAGGAAUAACAACAGCAGCGCGGUUAAAUCUACUCGACACCCUCACUGUCAACGUCGGUGUUGAAUAAGGGACCGUCAAUAAAUUACCGGUUGAUGUUCUCAGAAAAGGCUGUUUUCCUUCAAUAGCUUCACUGUCAUGUGACCAAAAGACCUAAAAUCGAUUUCUGAUAACAGUACUUGAUCAGUUUAUAUUGAUCCCCUAAAGUUCUUUGUGCUCCUUACUUUUAUAACUCCUUGUCAGGCUCUGUGGACUCGGUCCUGCUGGAGCCUCAGAAACACUGAAGUCUCUGAGCUCUUGAACGGACGUCCGCUCUCCAACAGGAGGAAGUGAGAGUCCGAGUGAUGGAAGAGGAUCUGAAAGAGCUUUUAAUGAUCUCAGAGCGAGUUUGAUUAGAUCUUCACAUACAGAGAGAGAGAGAGGCUGAACGCUCCCCAGAGUCGACCUUUCCAAACAGAGAGAGAGAGAGAGUCUCACCGACUCUGUAUGUUCAUCUCUGCUGCUUCAUGUCCACGUCCGUCUGUCCGUCCGUCUGUCCUUCAGCAGAAACACGUCAACAGUCUGAAUGAAAACAGAGACACGUUCGUCUUUAACCUCCUCUCUUUCUCUCCCUCACAGAGAACGCCUGUGUUGGAUUCGCCAUCUCUCUGCUGAUGCUCACGAUCAGCGCCAUGAUGGUGUAUGGAGCCAUCACUGUGAGUCUGUUUACCGCCUGUUCUUAAUCCUGACUUGCUGCUGCUGAGUUUAUGCUAAUCUGUAAUCCCAGAAUGUCGGAGGAAGUGAGCGAGACAGAAGAGGACUCAUGGUGACGCAGAGCCAGUUUAGCCAACAGCGUGAUUCUGACUCUCUAACCGUCUCCUCCUCCUCCUCCUCCUCCUCCUCCUCCUCCUCACAGGCCUCUCUGACGGCUUCAGGACUGACUGACAGGUUUGGUAGUCCUCUGAUGUGGUCCUGCUGUAGACCGCCAGUGUAGAUGACUCUUCAGUCCUAGUAUGACGCACAUCCUCAGACUGAGGAGUUAGACCUGGUCUGUAGAAGAAGAACCUCCUCCUCCUCCCAGCUCUCUGUAGAAGCUCCUCCCCCUCCUCCUCUUUUAGACCGCUGUGGUGCCCCCCCCCCCCCCAGAACAGUCGAACCACAGCUCCCAGUCCAGUCCCAGUAUAUUCAGGACUUUUCCUGUUCAGAGUAGAGAAGUUAGUCUUUGUUUCAGUCAGAGUAUAGAUCUGAGUAUAGAUGUGAGUAUAGAUGUGAGUAUAGAUGUACAGUUCUCCUGUAGAUGUUCUAGAAAAGUUCCCUAACUUCGCUGGUUUUGAGUUUUGUUUCAGUGACAGGGGUUUCCGUCUCCAUGGUGACACACUUCCUGUUUCUGUAGGCGGUCUGUCUCAUGAACCUCAGACCACAGGUGAUGAUUCAGUCAGAGCAGAGAGGAGCAGAGAGGAGCAGAGAGGAGCAGAGAGGAGCGGGGUUUCCGUCUGUAGAUGUCAGGUUCACACAGAGACAUCUAUGUCUCACUGAGUUUCUCCUGUUGGACCUUUAAAGGUUGAUUUGAUCUUCAGUCUCCUCCACGCUCUGAGUUUGUGGUACAGAGUGAUGAUGGGACAGGUGUGCAGCAGAGGGUCGAUGAAAUUUUCUGUGUCUGAGUUUGUUCUCUCCGUCUCUCCGUCUCUCCGUCUCUCCUCCUCCUCCUCAUGGUCGUCUCUCCAGCACCGUGACGGUUGGCUCAUCCCCUUCUUCUGCUACCAGCUCUUCGACUUCGCCCUCAGCUGCCUGGUGGCCAUCAGCUCCCUCACCUACCUGCCCCGGAUCAAGGACUACCUGGACCAGCUGGUCAGUGCCGACAGACCCACCCUGAGUUCAUGUAGAGCACAGAGCAGACGACCCGGGUUCGACUGAUCCAUGUUUUAGUUUUAGUUUGACGUCAGAGAGUUUCUGAACACACUGACAACGAGCUGUGUGCGCCCUCUGCUGGACAGAGGUGGGAGUUUUGGACUUCAUUCUUGGAUCAGCCUUUAUUCUGGAGCAGUGAUCCGUGUUGGAAAGGUCAAAGUUCAGUUUAGUUCUUUUUUUCGAACCACAGACAGAUUAUUUUAUCACUGAAACUGCGUCAGAUUAACCUUCAUCUCCGUUUUUAAUCCUAAUCUAACAGGUUUACAGCAGAGAGGUCAGUCCUCAGGU